AUGCCACUUCCAGAUUCAUUAAUAGCCGACGCUGAAUUAGCUGAUCCAGCAAUUGCAAAAUUACCAGCUCAUAAAGUCAACAAAGCAGAAUUACGUAAGGAAGAAACAUUAGCUCCAGAUGCUACUGAAAAAGAAAUAAAGACUGUUCAAACUGAUGAUGAUAAAUUAUUUACAAAUGCUGAAAAUGAAGCAGAAACAUGGAAUAAAGAACACGGAUUCAAAGACCCCAAAGAAUCUUUACUUCAAGAGGCAGAAGAUGUUGACCCAUCAAUUGCAAAAUUACCAGCCCAUAAAACAAAUAAGAAAGAAUUAAAAAAAGAAGAAACCUUGGGACCGGAUGCUACUACAAAGGAAGUAGACACAGUUGAAGACAAUGAUUUUUCAUUAGAUGAACAAAAAGCUUCAGAAUGGAACGCUCAACAUGGAUUUAAAGAUCCAAAAGAAACUUUAUUACAAGAAGCCGAAGAUGUUGAUCCUGCUAUAGCAAAAUUACCUGCUCAUAAAGUCAAUCAAAAAGAAUUAAAACAAGAGGAAACUUUAGGAGCAGAGGCAACUCCCGAAGAAAUCCACACAGUUGAAUCAAAUAAACUUCAUCAAGCUGAAGUGGAAGCUGCAAAAUGGAAUAAAGAACAUGGAUUUUGA